CGAGGUUUCACUUUUCAUUUCAGUUUCAUUUAUUUCAUGUCUAUAAGCCUGUUGGCAAUUUAGCCACAGGCAGUAAACCAAAUCUAAUAUGUAACAACAUUACAUGCACAUGCCAUUCUAUAUGCUAACAAAGUGACAAAAUAUGCAAUAAGCAGGCAAGCAAUGGGACAUGAGAUAAGCAACCACUAUAAAAGAAACUGUAAGAACUAUUUUAACAUGGACAUUGCUAACCGAAUGGAAUUGCUGAAAUUGUUAAGUCUUUUAUUAUAAGUCUAUGACGUGUCUACUUUUAUAUUAUUCAUUAAUUUGGGUAAUGCGCUAAAUACUGGAAACAGCUUUUUGAUUAGUAGCUAGUGAUGAAUCAUGAAAUUCCUUCCCUUGUUAGCACAGCAUGCAUUUUGUAUGUGUGUGUGUUAGUGAAGGUGUAUCCAUAUAUCUUAGAUGCUAAAAAAGAAACUUAUGUCAGCUAAACCUAAACUUGUAUUAAAUGAGUGAUCAAACACUUCAUUGACACAACUACACAUUUCUGUUGGCUUGCUGUUUCAAUGGGCAUUUUAAAAGUCUAUUUUCUUUUCAAUUUGUAAAAAUUUAAUCAUAAUGAAUUUUUUUAAAAUAAAUUUUGGAAAGUUUAAAAUUUGGGUAGGGGGAGAAAAAUUAAGGUUUAAGUGAAGACCUGCGUUGCCACAAGUUAUUGCCCCUUUUACAACCAUUUAUUGGUUGAUUGGUCAAAGCCUUAAUUAUUCACAAAAUGAUGAUCAGUACGAAUAAUGAUGUGCCAUGAAUAUCAAUAUAUUGGUACAAACAUGAUAAAAGUAUAUAACCGCAAUAUAGUUGCUCCAAAACUGAGGGAGUAUAGUAUGACAAAGCAAAGAAUAUACAAAAGCUGCAAAAAAUUAGCAUUUUAUCCUAACAUAGACUUAUCACACUCAUGGCAACCCCAUGCAUUCACCUCUCAGAAUUGGACAUGUUUUCACUUCCAUAAAUACACUGCAGCUCUACAAAACUCCAUUCUUAUAUGAGCUGCAAGGUAGAAAGUCUCCACUCACAAAAAUCCUCAAGAUUCAUCUUUUCCAGCAAAAGCAAGCAUUAAAAAAUGAAUGUUUUAUGAUCACAUUAGGGCGGUCACGUAAAACCAGUAAUCGUCUCUCGCGCGAGCGCAGGUGUGUUUGUGUUUAUGCGGGUGGGCGGCACUGCCCUCACCUGCAAGCACAUCUCGUUCGUGGACGAGAUUCUCGCUCUUCCAAAAUGGCGUCUCGUAGCCAUGUGGACGUGAAUGAAAGACGACUUCGACCUAUCUAUGAUUGUUUAGACAACGGCAACAAUCGCAAGGCUAUCCAGGAAGCAGAUAAAGUGCUUAAAAAGCAGAAGGAUUUUCAAUGUGCAAAGGUGCUUAAAGCUUUAGCACUGCUGAGGUUAGGGCGGCAAGAUGAAAGCUCAGUUUUGCUACAAGAGGUACAUGAACAGCACCCAGUUGAUGAACCCACUCUUCAGGCUAUGUCUAUCUGCUAUAGGGAGGUGCACAAAUUGGAGGCCAUAGCAGACAUGUAUGAGAAUGCCUAUAAGGCUCGACCAGACAAUGAAGAAGUUCUGUCUGCUCUCUUUAUGGCGCAUGUAAGACUGGGAAACUAUAAAAAACAACAUCAAACAGCAAUGGCAUUGCACAAGCUGCGGCCACAGAAAAACCCUUACUACUUCUGGGCAGUAAUGUCAAACGUCAUGCAGGCUCACAGUGAUAGUAAGCUUGCCAAGACCAUGUACCUACCUCUGGCUGAGCGUAUGACCAAAAAAUACAUUGAAGAAGGCAAGAUUGAUGCAGAAGCAGAGGUGCUGUUGUACUUGAUGGUCCUUGAGCUGCAGGAGAAGUGGCAAGAAGCUGUUGAGUUGUUAGAAGGACCCCUUGGUGAACGAGUUGUCAGUGAGUUAAAUCAACGUGCCACAAAGCUUGCAGAACUUCAUUGCAAGCUUGGAAACUGGGAAAAAGCCAACGUUUUAUACAGAAAUCUUCUCAAAGAAAAUCCAGACCACUGGAAGCACUGGCUGAAGUAUUUGAACACAGUUUUUCAACUCAUAGAUACAGGAUAUGCCCAGCCUUCAUGUAGCAAAGAGGGUGAUGGGGACAGAACAGACAAGGUGGACUGUAGCUUAGAGGAAGUGAUGGAAUUCAUUAACCAGCAAACAAAACAGAACAAAGGAGGAAUAUUGCUGAGAGGUCCAUAUCUUGCCCAAAUGGAGCUGGUUCGAAUCCUACAGGAGAGGAGAUCUGAACUGCUGAAAUUGGCUGGUCCACCAAGUGAACUUUUCCAGCAGUAUUUUGAACUGUUUGGCAGCAAGCCAUGCUGUGCAGCAGAUCUCAAAAUGUAUUUUUGUCUUCUAACUCCUGAAGAGCUGCAAGCUCUUAUAGACAAGUUUACAGACUCAUUGGAGCUGUCUGACAAAUCUCCCACUUAUGCAAGUGAACCCAAGCAUAUAUGUAGGCACAUUACAGUGCUGCAAUUGUCACGAUGUGCGGGUGUCUAUGCCAGACAGUCUGUUGAAGAAUUGUUGAAUGUAUCAAAAGAUCUCAUACUACGUUAUCGUAAAGGAUUGGAGUUUGGUAAAGACCUUUUGUCUACAGACCUUCAGCCUUCUGAUCCCUACUUAUUAUUUGCUGCUUAUCUAUUGGUCGAUCUUUGGCAGCGAACAGGGCAAGAACGAUAUCUUUGGCAGGCUGUGGUGCAAUUGGAAUUGGGAGUUCGUCGCAGUCCAGCAAACUUUCAGUUCAAGUUGCUUCUCAUGCGCUUAUAUGUUGAGAUGGGUGCCUUUGGGCCUUGCCCCCCCUUGUGGAAUGGAAUGGACAUGAAACACAUUAUGAAUGAUUCAUUAGGAUAUUUUGUAUCCAAUCAUGUGGGUCGCCUUGGGCAUUUUCUGGCUGCCUGUGCUAUGUUUGGAACAAUGCUGCGUUUUUUCUCCGUCAAUCAUAAAGAGACCACAGAAUACUUGUUGGCAUCAUACAAGUAUGGAUCUUUUGGAAAGAUUCGGGAGUUUGUUGACUUCCGUGAAAAGUUGCAGAGAUCAUUUCAGUAUAAAAGUGCAGCAACUGAGCGGCUGCUGCUUGACUUGAUUCUGGAGACUAAUAGCCACACUGGAACAGAGCAAAUGUUAACCUACAUUGAAGUUGAUCCCAGUAAAGAGAGAUUUGUGCUGAGUGAGCUGAGUGAUAAUCGUGAUUUCAGCGUAAUGACCUGCUGGGACCCUCCCUCUCAAUUCAGGAUAAGGGAUCAGGAGAUGUCCUUCAAAGAAGAGAUAGCCUGGCUACACUGCAGAGAUCUGAUAUUGCGCAUACUCGUGGCGGCAGUCAUGGCUGGCAGGGAGGCCACUCAGAGUACCCGUAAUGGCACAGCUCAUGGGGACAGUCACCAGCCAGACCUCACUAAUGGCACCAAUGAUGCGCCAAAUCUGGCGGGUAUGGCACGUGUUGUCCGAGAACUUCUGCCCAGAUUUGUCAACCACACAGAUGCUUGCAGCAAAGAGUUUGCUGAUCCCAGAAUUUAUUCUUUGCAAGGACCAUUCAGGACACGUCUGUCAGCCUACCUUGAGGGAAAACAUCACAUACUAUUCGCUCGGGUGGUUGAAUGCUUCCUUAUAAUUUAUGACCUGCAAGACAAUGGGCUAAGCAACCCAGACAACAAAGAUAGUGAAAUUCUGAAGACACCAGUGACGGACAUCUUGCAGACUCUGGUGGAGCGGUCCAAGUGCAGCCUUGUGAAAGAAGAGGAUGGCCAUGCCUCUAUCAAUGUGGCUCUCUUUGAACACUUGGUCAUGAGCACAGAGUCUAUAUCAUACAUAUCAACUUUGAUGGGGGUAUGCAGUCACCUACUAAAGCCCCUCAAGGCUGCUUGGUCCAAGCAGACACGAAAGAAGAAGGGACAGAAAGCUCCAGAGCAGCCGGCAGUGUUUGACAAGUUCACAGCACUUAUUGAGGAGCUGCAAGCUGCUGCCAAAUCCCUGCAUCAUGCAGCCACACAGUUUGAUCCUGUCUUCAUGGCACUUGACCUGAGUGCCCUGUCUCUGACAGAGUCUCUUACAGACACAGAGGAAGAAAAGCUUUGCGAGAAAGCUGUGUGGAGUAAAGUGGAACGCAGCUUUCAGCAGUCCUCACAUGAAAUCUGUGAACUGCUGCAUAAUAAGUUGCAGUACUUGCACACCUGUCACAUCUAACUGUAGGACAGCAGUGGAUGAGAUCAGAGUUGUGGGCUUUGCCUGCCACCCGUGAUCCUUCCCUUAUAUUAUCCUCCUUCGUCUCAUCACAAGGCAACCUGUUUAUGAUGAACGUGACAGAAUUUCUGGACUGACUUUUUGUUUCAGAUGGUACCAACUUUUCUGUCAGCACCCAUUUGAGACCUGAAGGACUUUUUUUUAGCUCUGACUCUGAAGGAAUGUGUGUGUUUGUGUGCGCACAUGUUUAGGCACAUGCGUGUGCAAAUGAGGGAAUGAAGAGUAAAGAAAGUGCACUAAGGCUCAUCUGCAUUCAUCAGCACAAUUUUUUUUCCCAAGAUGCUUCCUGAUUUCAGAUUUAUGAGGUAGUCCGUCAUUUUCAGUGGGGUUAAAGUGUACAGAUAAUAAUUUUACACCAGGAAUCUGAUGUAUUAAUAUGAGUAAAUUUUUUUUUUUGUUGUUGUUUUUUUUUUGGUAUAAUGAAAAAGAAUGAUCCCGUGAGCUCUUACCAGCCCAAGCUCUCAUCAGAGUGAGUGUCGAGAUCACCAUGUGAUCAUCCAUUUUCUAUCUCAACCAUCUUCUGCCUCCUUUCUGGAAUUCCUCCCUUGCCUCCAAAUGCACAUUGUUGCAGCAGUGCUUGUUGGAGGUUGUGUUUUCCAUAGGAUUGUUAAAGUCUAGGUACCUCUUCAGUGUCCAUUUAUUUAGAGUCAAAUCAUUGAGUUGUAGACAUGUCAGAAACAUGUACCAGCUUUAACCUUUUAAAAUAAAACACAAACUGUAUCUUAGUAAUUUGUUUCCUGGCCAAUUAUUGUUUGUUCUUGUUCAGAAAAUACAGUCGCACAUGUUAGUGUAACUUCAACCCUGAAAUAGAGGCAACAAUAUUUGUGGAUGUUUUGGUUGUUGGUAGGAAUAAGAAACCUGAUUUUGCAACCAUUGUCCCUGCACCCAGACCAUCAUAACAAAGCACGGCCAGUCAACCAUCAUGAAGUUCUUCGAGUGUUUUUCUUCUUUAACUUUUGUGUCUGAAACAUAUUUUGUAAAUGAAUUAAAUCCUUCAGCUAGCGAUAUAAAAAAUUCUCAAGAUUUUUUUCUUGAUAGAUUCUGGAUAGUCACAAUUAUUGUUGCAGAUAAGUUUCUGAUAAAACAAUGCUUGCUUCAAACUGCUUUUUGUGCAAGACUCUAUUACCACACACUAAUGCACACCAAAGACAAAGCAUUGUCGCUGUGGGGGCAGAAACUGCACUGUGAGUGUGUCAACAGUUGCAAAGGAUAUGUACCCUAAAUGGUAAUAAUUUGUAGAUGUUGAUGGUAGACAAAUGGCUGACAGGAAUACAUGUUGCCUGAUCGGUAACCAGUUAGGUGUCUUCCAAAUUGUGCAUGAAUUGACUGAUUAAAAUAGAAAUCCUUUAGAAGGUUUUUGAAUUUUUUCCCCCAUUAGAGUUAUGUUUAGUCUGAAAUAUCUUAAGUGAGGACUACACCACAUAUGUAUAAUAAUGAAGGGAACUGGGAUGUCUUCACUUAUUUUUGUUAAAUAAGGUGGUUUUUUUAAGGAAUUACACAUUUACUGGAAAAAUACAUUGCUGCUAUAUAUGCAAAAGUGCCUGCAUUAAUGUGCACAAGUGCUUGUGGAUGUACAGACUUGUUUGCAUGUUAUUACUUGUUCAUACAUAUGUUGACUGACACUGCAUAUGUACACACAAAGUAUUCUAGAAAAAAAGAUGGUCUGUACUUUUAGUAAAUGCAAAAGCAGUGCUGACUGUUUGUUCUUAUCACAGACUGGCAUCUGUGGUAACUGGUCAGUUAACAUAACAUGUUAUGAACAUCUGUAGCUAAUUUUACAAUGGGAGGGAGAAGGCCACAGUUUGAGAAGCAUAGCAACAUGGUUCUUGCUUGGUGUGUACACAGGGUGUGCAUGCAGUUCAUGUGCUUGUGGCUAUAUGUGUUAUAUACCUGUGUGUGUGAGAGAGAGAGAGUCUGUAUCAUGGAGGAUUAAAACUGGUAAAACUCCUACAGAUAUAAAUACAGCACUGGCUCUUUCAGUCCCUUUUUUCCCCUUCAUUGCUCAUUUUCUCUUUCAACAUAUUAAAAAUUAAACUUGUUUGUGACUGGUCAGAACUGCAUAUAGAAUUGUUUUUAGUCAUAUAAUGUUUAUAAAUAAUACACAGUCAAAUUGAAUAUGUUAUUACAAUAGUAGUAAUAAUAAUGUGCACAUGUAGUUCAGAAGGGGAAGAAGAGACAUUAUUGUAAAACUGUGGCUUUAAGGAAGAACUUUAUGUAGUGUACACAGCUUGAAUUGCAGUCCUUUGGGCUGCUUUUCAUUAACAUGGCUUUAUAUAGCAGAAUCAUUUUCAUCAUAUCUGAUCUUGAGACAUAAUAGUGCCGGUUUUUCUCAUUCUUUUCAAACCAUAAAACAUUUUACAAGAUAAAAACAAGAAUGAGCAAGUAUUAGCAGGGAACACGCUAACUGCUGUUUUUUCUUUGGCAGCAUAUAAAGUAUGUAAGCUUGUGUUUUUGCAUGAGUGUGUGUGUGUUAAAUACCUACUCAAGAAUGUUGGUGCAAUCAUUCUGCUUAAAAUGCAGGUAGGAGGAUUUGUUUAUCAGCAAUGAGAGGACAAGAUUAGUGUUCUUUCGCUUAUUUCUUUCUCUCUUUCUUCCCUCCCCAGCACCGAGUGCCCCUUCUGAAUGGCCAGUCUUAAUUAAGCUCGAUUUCUCCAGCAGAAGAAACUAAUAUUGUAGAGGUGUGUGAUAUAGUACAAAAUAUUUUGAAAUUACUCAUCCACAAUUGUUUUAUCAUAAUCACAAUAAUGCUGUCUCCUCACACUAGCUAAUAAUAAGAUUAAUCAGGAUACCCAUUGAACCUAAUACCAUAGGCAAAGCUAGGCUUGCUACAAAGGAGACCGAUUUAAAACUAGUUAAAAGUAAAUUAUAAUUAUGUGUGUUCUAAUGUGUACACAUGUAUAGUACCAGGAACCUACAGGACAAAUGGACGCUUUUCCUCUCUGCACUCUCAGCGUGAUCACUUGUGUUCUGGCAUGCAGAAUUUUACAAAAAAAAUUUUCCAAGCAUCAUUUGUAUCAUUGGUAUGUAUUUUGGUGUGAUUUCCAAUGUCUGAAACAGCAGGUGUAUGGUUCAUUAUGGCAUAUGAGUAACCAUUGGCAUGUUGAUGUUUGAGAGUCACAGAGUGGAAAAUGAGUUAUGUCUUAUUUAAUGUGAAGCAAGUGUGUAUCUGUAGGAUGAUGUUUUGUACUAUACCACAAUGGCACCGAACACUCUGUUUUACUAGCAUGUUGUUGGUGUAUUCAGCUGUUUGUUUGUACACCAGGUGUAGAAAGAGUUUACCUCACAGAACAGAUGGUACCUUGUUGGUUACCUGUGCUACUGUUUGGAGUUUGCUUCCUGCGUAGUGAUUCAGGUCGACGUGUUUAAAGAUUACUGAAGCAGCGUGCAGUUUUGUGUACAUCAUUUAUGAAUACAUUUUUACAAAGUGGA